AUGUCCGAAGCUACACUUGCUUCGGCCGUCGCUAUUCCGGAUCAAGAUAAUCAACGUCAAUCACCCACAUCUUUUACGAAGCGACGAAAUUCCUCAGUAACAGAUCAUGACCCAAAACGUCCGCGAUUGAGCGGGCAAGACGAAACAUCUCCACAAUCGCAUCGCCUGCGUCCCUCGCCCUCAAAAGCGGCGUCCACGUUAGUAGAAAAUGGACCUACUGAAAAGCAGCCUGCACGGAAAGGUGGAAGAGAAGAGGAUCGCAAACGAGGACAGCGGCUAUUUGGUGGGCUGCUAGGUACUCUCUCGCAGAGCUCAAGCUCAGCGGCUCAAAAGCGACGAGCAGAUAUCGAGAAGAGACAACAGGAUAAAUUGAAAUCACAAGCAAACGAGUACGAUGGAUUGAAGAAAAAAAGUAAGGAGCGACGUGAGCUUAUUCGCAAGAAGGAAACGCCGUUUUAUGCGCGUGAAGCUUAUUACAAGCCAUGGCAAUAUCGACCUGGCGAUGAGGAUAUAAUUCAAGAUCAGAUUAAAGAGGCUAAAGAGUCCGUUGCCCGCGAAGUGGCUGACUUCGAGGCGCGUUAUCCAUCUGAAGCCUUUAUACCCGAGGAUAUAGAGCCCGCAUCGGCAUCUAAAGAUGAGCCGAAAGAGCAAGCACAACCAACACAAGAGAAGACCGAGCAAGUUACUGGAGUACAACAAGACUUGGUCCCCCAGGAAGUCUCAAUCCAGACUGAAAACCCUGAAGGGGAAGUAAGAAGUUCCGAUGAGCAUGCCGAGUCUGCUCUAGAAAAUAAGGAUAACACUGAGCCUGCUGUAUAUGAAGGUGACCAGGAGCAGCAUGACACUCAUCGCGACGAUGAUGGAGGCGAAGUAGUGGAGGACAAUGAAGAUACUGUGAUUUAUUGA